AUGGCAGACUCCAGCCUGUCCGCGGCCGUCCAUGAACCGAUUCCCAUUUUCAAAGUCGCUCACCACUACAUGCUGUACGAUGUUAAUGUUGUAACGCAUCUCCGCAAAGAGCACAACAUUUCCGGCGUUCUGAUGGGCACUCUGCCGCAGGCGUCACAGCAAAACGUGUUUCUUGGACUUCCGCUAGAGCUCAUGCCAGAGGAAGCGCGGUUACUAGUGGAGAAGAACGUCGCCUACAUUGUAGACGACGUUGCGGAGCAUAAACGUACUUUUCUUGGCAAUGGCCUGGGCACGGAGGAGAGAAAGGCCUAUCAAGCUGCGCUCAGAAAGCAGGGCGUUGGUGCAGCUCAGGAACAUGCAAAGAAGGCGGACGAGAGGAAGAAAAUUGGCUUGCAGAAAGCAGGCAAAAGUGGGGAUUGGAACGACAUACCAGAAGACAUGUUUGAGCCUUCACGAGGUCGUAAAGGGAAGCCUUCUACGCGCCGACCAGACCCAGCGCAAAUCGUCAAAGCGCCCCUUCCUUCGGGCAGUGGUAAUGACGAUGAGUCGCUUUUCGGUCCGCCUGCCAACGGUCCCCCAAUAAGGACUGCAAUCUCACGCACUUCCUCUCGGGGAAGUCCAGCUGGACCCGAGCCUUACGGUGUCACGCCUACAACUUCUCAACCGCCCAUGCAAGUGCAGAAACCUGCGAGCGGGUCGAAUAUAGAACUUCCUGUCGUCCCGAAUUCGUACCCAGUAUACAAGCACCUGCAUGAAAUUGGAUAUUUCAUGGCUCCUGGUCUCAGAUUUGGCUGCCAGUACAUGGCAUAUCCAGGAGACCCACUCCGCUUCCACUCACACUUUCUAUGCAACGGUAUGGAUUGGGAAGAAGAGUUUGAUCUCCUGGACUUGGUUGGCGGCGGGCGUCUUGGGACAGGAGUCAAGAAAGGCUUCAUGGUGGGUGGCGAGGAGCCAGUGGUUGGGCAAAGUGAGGGCAAAGAAGGCAAUGUGCGGGUCUUCUGCGUGGAAUGGGGUGGCAUGUAG